AUGGUAGAAUUGGCCGACGCGAGCUGCUCUGACUGGGACGACUGCUCCAAUGGCUGCGCCGAUGUCCCGCCAAAUACCUCGUCAGCAGAUGCUACGUCAGCUGAUGCUACGUCAGCAGAUGCCACGUCAACAGAUGCCCCCUCAGCGGAGGGUUCUUCAGCAGCAGAUAACCCUUCAGACUGCAAAGCCAUCGUCAGCGGAACUUUAGGGGGUUCCGAGCUACGAUCGACGGGGGGAGCGGCGGGGGAAGCGGAGGGGGUAGUCACUCCAGUAGUCCCGGAGUGUCCGGUGUGCUUGGAGCUGUACGAUCAGGAGCAGCGCGUUCCGCGGCUGGUCGCCUGUGGCCACACGAUCUGCCAAGCCUGUGCCAGGAAUCUCCCUUUGACUCGGGAUUUUUUCGGGAAGAAAUGCAUCAGUUGCCCCGAAUGCCGGUGCCUGGUCGUGUGGAAGGGCCUUGCGAGCAUGCCCAAAAACUUUGCCCUUCUUCGACUCAUCACUGACGCCAAUGACUGCCCGAGAGAAAAACGGGCAGCCACUCACGCCAUGGAAGUCUGCCGAACGAGAUUAGACUCCAGGCAGAUGGUUUUCCAAAUCGCGGAUCUGCUCUCCGUGGUUUCCGUGCUUUUUGGGAUUCUCUUAGGGAUGUGCGUCUUCGUGCCGCUCUGCUGCGUAUACCUAGCACUGGGUUGGAGCAUUGCUGCCCUGACGUUCCUCGCUUUCUCAAUCCUUUCAACGGCAGCCGUUGGAUUCGCUGCUGCUGGGCUCUUCUCGCUGCUGUCGUACAAAACCCUCAAGUUUCUGAACCGUUAUCGCCUGGCGGUGCGUGGCACCGCAGUUCACUCCUCGUCACAGUUCAAGACCGCUCUCCGAUUUAGAUAUGCUACUAACGCCAUUUCUGCGACUUUAAGACCGCAAUGUGGACAUUUGGUGGAUCUUUCCAGAUCCUUUUGGAACAAAGACGAUAGCGCAUUUCAGACCUCCGCGGACUCCUGUUGCUUUCCCCUCUUCCAGCCCAGCAUUCGCCUGCACAAGGAUGGGAUCAUGCAUUUCGAGCACCAAGGUGCAGCGGAAGACGUGCGAGAUCAGCUGCGUUCUUUUGAGUUACAAGAUCACAGCCACGUGUGUUACUCCUCCAGCUCACAUAUCGAAUCGACUCAGAUGCCCUUUUUCGUCCUUCCCUUCUCUCCUCCUCCUCUCCCCAUCCAUUUUCCCAUCAUGUCCCCCUUCAUCUCCCCCUUCUCCCCUCCCCCUCCCCCGCUCUCCUCCUUCCUCUCCCCCGCUCUUCUCCUUCCUCUCCCCCACUCCCUCCCUCCCCGUCCCCUCGCUCCGCUCCUUCCCCUCCCCCGCUCGCUUCCCUCUCCCGCCGCUCUCCUCGUUCCACCCCACGCUCUUCUCCUCCCCCGCCUUUCACGGCAGAUGCUGCUCGUCUGCACAGCAGCAGUAGGCUGGGGUGGUUACCAGUACAAGCAAGCUCUAUCUCUCGAGCUGCGGCUCUCAGAACUGCAGCGCAAGCACACGCGCCUUGCUGCCAAGCUGUCUGAUGACGUUCCUGCUGGCGUCAGCGGGAUCGACCUAAGCGGCAGCAGCAGCAGAUGCGAGGUGGAAGGAGAAGAGGGGGCAGCAGCGGAAGGUACCUGCUCCCCCUUCCCCACAGACAUCUCUGACGGAAACAGAAUCGGGUGGAGAGAGGAGAGCAAGGGAGAACAGGAGAGCGAGAGGGAGGAAGAGAACAAGCGAAAGCAGAAAGCCAAGGAGACGAAAGAGGAAGAGGAGGAGGAGGAGGAGGAGGAGGAGGAGCUGUUCUGGCGCAGGGUGGCUCUCCUAGCGUCCAUCCUCUGCCUCGUCCUCCCCAUCUUCAUCAUCCGCAAUAUCGAUGACGUGGCACAGCUCUUCGGGAGAAGGCGACCCAAGGCAACAGACGGCCACACGACCGCCGCUGCCUCCUCCUCCUCCGCGUCCGCCUCUGCUGCUGCGGCUGCUGCUGCUGCUGCUGCUGCUGGUGGUGCUUCGGCGGGAUCCCCUGGAGCGGACGAGGAGGUGUCGAUGAGCAAGAGGCUGGCGUAUAAGGUUGACGUGCUCUUCUCCAUGCACUCCUGGGUCAAGGGCGCUGCUCUCCUCGCCGCCACGCUGCUACUCAUUGCCCUGGGAGGCCUUGCCCUGUACGCCGUCGGAUCGAAAGACCGGAUGGAUCUGGGCGACGCCACGUGGCGGGCGUGGUCCUACGUGGCAGACGCUGGUAACCACGCGGACAGCGAGGGGUGGGGCCCGCGGAUCGUGGGAGUGAGCAUCAGCAUUGGCGGGAUGCUGAUCUUUGCGCUGAUGGUGGGGCUGGUGUCGGAGGGCAUCUCGGAGAAGGUGGACUCGCUGAAGAAAGGCAAGAGCGACGUCAUUGAGAAGAACCACACACUCAUCCUCGGCUGGAGCGACAAGCUGGCAUCGCUGCUGAAGCAGCUGGCAGUGGCAAACGAGAGCAUGGGAGGCGGCGUGGUGGUGGUGAUGAGCGAGAGGGAGAAGGAGGAGAUGGAGAGCGAGAUUCAGAAAAUGGAGUUCAACUUCCGCGGCACCACUGUCAUUUGCCGCUCUGGCUCGCCCCUGGUGCUGGCUGAUCUGAAAAAGGUCUCUGUCUCAACAGCCCGCGCGCUGAUAGUGCUAGCAGAGGCAGAGAACGCCGAUGCUGCAGACGCCAGGGCGCUCAGAGUGGUGCUGAGCCUCACGGGCGUGAGGGAGGGGCUGAGGGGACACAUUGUGGUGGAGCUGAGCGAUAUUGACAACCAGCAGCUCGUCAAGAUGGUGGGAGGUCGCAUGGUGGAAACAGUUGUGGCGCACGACGUGAUCGGGCGCCUCAUGAUUCAGUGCGCCCGCCAGCCCGGCCUCGCCCAGAUCUGGGAAACACUCCUGGGCUUUGAGAACUGCGAGUUCUACACCAAGCACUGGCCCGAGCUCGUCGGAAAGACCUUUCGGGAGGUGCUGCUCUCGUUCCCUGAUGCGGUGCCGUGCGGUUUGAGGGUUUCUGCGCGGACGUACUAUGAGAAGAGUACAGAGGCGGUGGGGUUCGAGUUUGCUGGCGGGAGCAGCAUUGGGAGUGAGGAUGAGGAGGAGGAAGGGGAGGAGGGGGAGGGAGGAGGGGAGGGCGAGGGGGAGAGGGCGCAUAAGGAAAAGCACACGCGGCUGUGGCUCAACCCGGACGAUGACUAUGUGCUUCAGCCUGAGGACUCAGUCCUUGUGAUAGCUGAGGACGACGAUUCCUAUGCCCCUGGUCCGCUGCCUGUGGUGCAAGACGCCCCACUGCCCGACAUCGAAACGCCGCCGAAGCUGCCCGAAAAAAUCCUGUUCUGUGGAUGGCGGCGCGACAUUGACGAUAUGAUCACGGUGUUGGAAGCAUUUCUAGCAAGGGGGUCGGAGCUGUGGAUCUUCUCAGACGUGCCGGUGGAGGAGAGGGAGGCGCGCCUCAUAGAGGGCGGGCUGAACCCCAGCGAGCUGGAGAACGUGACGCUCGUGCACCGCAUGGGCAACGCCGUUAUCAGGCGUCAUCUGGAGUUCCUGCCUCUGGAAACCUUUGACUCGAUCCUCAUUCUAGCGGACGAGGGGUUAGAGGACUCAAUCAUCAACUGCGACUCACGCUCCCUCGCGACGCUGCUGCUCAUCAGAGACAUCCAGUCCAAGCGCAUGCCGGCGGGCAGCAAGGGCCACCGGCGCAGCAACUCCAGCAUCACGUACCCGCGCCCCACGUCGACGUCCUCGUGGGUGGGGCAGAUGCAGCAGGCGUCGCAGCAGUCGAUUGUCAUCUCGGAGAUCCUCGACUCGCGCACGCGCUCCCUCGUCUCAGUGUCCAAGAUUAGUGAUUAUGUUCUCAGCAACGAGCUGGUUUCAAUGGCUCUCGCAAUGGUGGCGGAGGACAGGGAGGUUAACCGCGUUUUGGAGGAGCUCUUUUCAGAAGAGGGCAACGAGAUGUAUAUUCGCCCGGCAGAGCUCUACCUCACAGACGGAGAGGAGCUGUCCUUCUUUGAAGUGGCGGUGCGGGCGCGUCAGCGCAUGGAGAUCAUCAUCGGCUACCGGCUGUUCACAGAAGACGAGGCAGUGCUGAACCCUCCUGAUAAGGCCGAAAAACGCGCGUGGUCGAUCCAAGACACGUUUAUUGUCCUCUCGUUCAACGAGUAG